GGUUGUGUGCAAACUGAGAAAUAAGUUUUUAAACCUGUGCUGCGGUGAGAAGCUGUCUCGAUCCGAGCAAGCAUCAAAAUGCCACCCCGGGGCGGCUACUGUUUGCUUCUGCUCGUCGCUUUAUGUGUUUUUGUGAGCGGACACUCCAAGUUUCCCACUCUGGACCACAUCAAGCCCAGAGCCAGCGACAAAGCGCAGAGCAGAGCAGUGGUCGAGCUGCUGAGACGGCUGCUGGGGAACAGAUCCACGGAGUUCAUGGUGUCAGUCAACAGGAGCCUCUCCAACGACAGCCUGGAUGUGUGUGAGCUCAGGUCCACCAAAAACAACAAAGUGGUCGCCACAGGCAGCAGCGGAGUGGCUGUGGCUUCUGGCAUCUACAACUAUCUCAAAUACUUCUGCAACUGCCAUGUUUCCUGGUCCGGGGACCAGCUGGAUGUACCGAGUCCUCUGCCAAAGCUCACCGGCGUCCUGCGCAUCAACACCCCGCACAGGUUUCGGUAUUACCAGAACGUCUGCACUUUUAGCUAUUCCUCUGUGUGGUGGGACUGGCCAAGAUGGGAGAGAGAAAUUGACUGGAUGGCACUCAAUGGAAUCAACCUGCCACUGGCUUUCACUGGCCAAGAAGCCCUUUGGCAAGAGGUAUACCGUGCGCUUGGGUUGAACGAGUCAGAGAUUGAAGAGUUCUUCUCUGGCCCAGCAUUUCUUGCCUGGAACCGUAUGGCAAACAUGUUCAAGUUUGGUGGACCCUUGCCACAGUCCUGGCAUGUGAACCAGCUCCUUCUUCAGGUUAAAAUCUUAGAGCGAAUGAGAUCCUUUGGCAUGGUCCCAGUGCUGCCAGCCUUCUCUGGGAACAUUCCCAAGGGAAUCCUCAGGCUGUAUCCAGAAGCCAAUGUAACCAGACUUGGACCUUGGGCUCACUUUAACUGCAGCUUCUCAUGCGCCUACAUCUUAGACCCAAGGGACAAACUUUUCCUCCAUAUUGGCUCCCUCUACCUGUCCCAGGUGGUAAAGCAAUUUGGGACAGAUCACAUCUACAACACGGACACCUUCAAUGAGAUGACGCCACCUUCCUCUGACCCCACCUACCUGUCUGCAAUCAGCCGCUCUGUGUUUGCCUCAAUGACUGCAGUUGAUCCUCAGGCAAUUUGGCUAAUGCAAGGCUGGCUGUUCUUCAGUGAGUCAGCAUUCUGGAAGCCACCCCAGAUUCAAGCCCUGCUACAUGGAGUGCCCCUUGGACGAAUGAUAGUGCUGGACUUGUUUGCAGAGACUGAGCCAAUUUUCUCUUUCACAGAGUCUUUCUAUGGACAGCCCUUCAUCUGGUGUAUGCUGCACAACUUUGGUGGCAACAGCGGUUUCUUUGGCACAGUCGAGAGCAUCAAUUCAGGGCCGUUCAAAGCCUUACAGUUCCCAAACUCCACCAUGGUAGGCAUUGGCAUGACACCUGAGGGUAUUGAACAGAAUCCUGUGAUGUACGAGCUGAUGAGUGAGCUGGCUUGGCGUAAGGAGCCUGUCAAUUUGGCCAAGUGGGCGUCCCUGUAUGCAGCGCGCCGCUAUGGCCGCAUGCAAGACAACCUGACUGCUGCAUGGAGGCUCCUGUUUUCCAGCGUUUACAACUGCACAGUGCCACAUUACGUAAACCACAAUCACAGUCCACUGGUCCGCCGACCUUCCUUUCACAUGAAUACUGGCCUUUGGUAUGACCCGAAAGACUUGUGCAAAGCCUGGAAGCUCAUUAUGGAUGCAGCUCCCUCUCUUAUGUCCAAGGAGACCUUCCGGUAUGAUCUUGUGGAUGUCACGCGGCAGGUCCUGCAAGUCCUGACAACAUCUUUUUACCAAGAUAUCGCAGAUGCUUUCCAUAACCAAAAGUUGCCAGAGCUGCUGAUUGCAGGCGGUGUGCUUGUCUAUGACCUCUUGCCCGAGCUUGAUCGUUUGCUGAGUAGUGACCGCAACUUUCUGCUGGGGACGUGGCUGGAGCGGGCAAGAUCCCUAGCCCUGGAUGAGAAGGAGGCACAACUCUAUGACAUGAAUGCCAGAAAUCAGCUCACUCUAUGGGGUCCCACUGGGGAGAUCUUGGACUAUGCCAGCAAGGAAUGGGGAGGCCUAAUGGAGGACUACUACACCCAGCGCUGGGGCCUGUUUGUCCAAACGCUGGUUGAGUGUCUGGACAGCGGUCGACCAUUCAAGCAGGACACCUUCAACCAGGCAGUCUUUCAGGUAGAAAAGGGAUUCAUUUACAAUGGUAGAAAGUACCCGACUAAACCUAAGGGAGACACAUACGAGAUCGCUUACAGGAUCUUCCUCAAGUACUACCCACAGGCCUUAAAGAGACUAUAGUGAGAAGAGACUACAUUUUGGAAAAACUUAAAUCACAGCAAGAAGAAUGUGUUCCUUCUCCUCCAGUUUUCCAUGGCUGUCCACAGACAUUUUGAUGUGGAAACUAACAAGCUGAACAUACAGGAUCAAUCAGUUUUGCACAUGAAGUAAAAUAUCUAGUAGAGAAUUGUGCAUGGUGUAGGGAAAUAAUUUUUAGUUAUGCAUAGAUACUGUUCACAAAUCCAACUAGUCCUCAUGAAUAAGGAGAAAGUGGGAAAUUAUGACUUUCUAAUGUUUGUGUGAAAGUAUUGAUUUGGUAAACUCUUGGUACCGUGUUUCAGCUGGCAUUAAAGAAACUGAUUUUACACCUAUUCACCUUUUCAGAGUGAGAUGAGAAGAUUGAUAUCAAACUCCCGUCGAUUUGUUCAGCACAGAGGUCAGAAUGUGGUUAGCCCAGCUUAGCACAAAAUUUGGACCCACGAACAACAGGUAGCCUUCCUCUGACCAAAGUAGACAUGUCGUUUUUACAUAAUUUUCUUAACCAUUAUUUCGCAGAGUAAUUGAUUAAUAAUCAAUUAUUCAAAAAAUAAAGCAUAAGAUAUUCCUUAAGCUGAUAGAACUGUUUAACAUGGACAUGUAGAAUCUGUCGUGAAAGCCGCUUAGUUCCAUUAGUCCCUUAGCUAUAGGGAUGUUGUUGUAGCUUUCUGCUUUCCAAAACGGAACUGCUUGUAGUCACGACAACAGCCUCCACAUUUCACUACAAUAUUAAACACAGCAGACUAGCUGCAGCCUUCCAUCUCACUAACCAGUCAGAGGCUCCACUUGGUGGUACAACCAGGCACUACAACUAAUGUAUCAUGCAUUUUUUGACGUGCGUCAUUUGCCUUCUGCCUUAUCUUUUAAUAUAUUUUUAAUUGGUUAGAUUUUUAAGGGGGUGCACAGUGCCGUGGUGUUUAGCAUUUUUGCCUUGCAGCUAGAAGAUCCCCGGUUUGCGUCCCGGCCUUGCCGGGAUCUUUCUGCAUGGAGUUUGCAUGUUCUCCCUGUGCAUGUGUGGGUUCUCUCCAGAUACUCCGGCUUCCUCCUACAGUCCAAAAACAUGCUGAGGCUAAUUGAUUAUUCUAAAUUGCCCAUGGUUGUGAAUAUGAGUGUUUAUCUGUACAUGUGGCCCUGCAACAGACUGGUAACCUGUCCAGGGUGUCCCCUGCCUUCGCCCCAAGUCAGCUGGGAUAGACUCCAGCCCCCCCAAUUAAGCGAUGUAUAGAUGAUGGAUGGAUGGAUAGAUUUUUAAGACCAAUUAAUUGAUAAAUGAUUAAUCAUUAACAGCCCUAAUCCAAAGUAAUAACUUCUGCAAUUAUGUAAUCUCAGGCAGCUGACAAACCUGCUGUAUGCCUAAAAUUUGCAUUUGUGGCUGCUCCUACUGUGCACAGCAACUUGUUGGUGAUUGGCUGUUUGUGUGGUACCACCAGCCAAUCACUUUCUUACUUCUUUCAAAACAAACCACAAUCACGCAACUGACACACGAAUAAAGAUCAGAAAGAUAUUAAAAUGAGGAAGAAAAUAUGGUGAGAAAACCACUGUAAAAUUGUACACUUCACUUAACGUACAGGAUCAAACAAGCGAAAUACAGCGUGUUAACUUAGACGUGUUGGUGUGCUUUCAAACUUUGGACUGAGUCAUGCCCCGUUCUUCCAGUCUUUAUGCUAACCCAGGCUAACCAAGUUGUUAUUUCAUUUCUGUACUCAACACAGAUGUGAAAUAAUCUCAAUAUUUUCAGAUGACAGAUGUGCACUGAACUGUCUUAAGUACCAGCAAACAUUUGCUCAUAAAUGAGAUGACAUUUUUAUAAAGUGAUACUUCAUUAUACACAUUAGUCUAAAGUUAAUUUAGAUAUUUAUUCUGAGCAAAAUAACUGCCAGUACUGUUUCAUAGACAUUAGAAACAUCAGAAAAGUAGUGUAGUGCCAUAAUUAUCAGUCACUUUGGAUGCCUUUGGUCUUGCAUACUGUAUUUUCGACUUACUUUACAAUUUCAUGCCUAUGUGGUGUGUGUGAUUGGGUGCUUCUGAGAUGCAAUGUAGAGGUUUGAUGAACAGAGGAGUUGGUUUAGUGCUGAGUCAUUGAGCCGACAAAUUGGCUUAUGGUGUACCUGAGUAGGUAGCUUUCAUGUCUUCUUGUCCCUGGAUGAUUUUUCUGAUAAAAAUGAUAUAUUUUUAUAUAAUAAUUAAGAGGUUUCAAUCUGUGCCAUUUCACAUGUACAUCGACUACUUUGUGAAAAAUGCUAUUUUAAUGCAUCACAUUGCCUACCUUCACAUUGUCUACUGAAGUGUUGUGAUGUGUUUUCUUUUGGAUAAAUGUAGUUUCAGUACAAUGCCAGUAUAAAGAGAAUACUUUGAAUACUAUAUGAGCACUGAUGUUCAUAAUGUGCGAAUAAAUGUUCAACGUUGCUCAAUGUUAGUCUGUGGAUUGUACAAAUGCUAUUUUUGUAUUUGAAUUAAUUAAAGAGAUAUCCUAAAAUUUA